UGUGUAUCUUUAUGUUGAAGUGAUAGAAAUAUGUCCACCGCAUCUGCGCUCCACUUUAGGAGUGAUGUUUAAUCAAAGUUAUGCAUUCGGAAUGAUUCUGAUCGCAAUAAUUGCAUAUUUUAUCAGAGAAUGGAGAAUAUUACAAAUUUAUAUUUCUCUGCCGGCGUUUAUUCUGAUUUUGCACAUGUUAGCUAUACCGGAGAGUCCAAGAUGGCUUUAUUAUUCAAAACAUAAAGCGCGUGCUUGGAUGAUGGUAAAAGAUUUUGUAUCACCCGAACAAAAGCAAAUGAUUGCUGAACGGAGAAUGAGUGUCACGAUAAGGAAAGAAAAAAAAUUGACUCGUAUUCAAGAAUUGAAGAAAAAUCUAGGAUACUUAAAAAACAAAGAGAUGAGUCUUAGAUUAAUUCUCAAUUGGACCAUUUGGUUUUCUACGUCUAUGAGUUAUUACGCAUUAUUGAUUACCGCUAGCCUUUUAAAGAUAGACAGCUAUCUUUACACCGGACUUUCUGGUAUUGCCGAAGGACUCAGUUAUAUCAUAGUCAUACCUCUAUUAAAUAUGAUUGGUAGGCGAGGUACAUCAUUCUCUUUACUUCUAUGUGCAUCUGGAGCAUUUACAAUUCUUCUCAUUGUACCAAGUCACUUGAAAAUGAUUACAAUGUUCACGGCUCUUUUUGGUAAACUCUGCGUUAGUAGCGUGUACGUUGCUGUGAUAAUACACUGUAGUGAACUUUUUCCAACUGUUAUGAGAAACAUAGCAAUUGGUACCAGUUCUACAUGGGCACACAUUGGCAGUACAAUUGCACCGUACCUUGUGGAUUAUUUUGUUAUUUAUGGAUGGUGGGUGCCAAAUUCAAUUUGUGGAUUCACAGUAUUUGUAAGUGCCUUACUAACACAGGUAUUACCAGAAACUAAGGACUUAACUUUGUAUAAUACGAUGGAUGAGUUUAUUUCAAGAUGUAAAGCCAAUCCCAAUGAACAAUUAUCUUUGAAACAUAAUAUAGUAUUCACAAUACUUAAGAAAUUGCAAAUUGUCAAAAAACCUACACCUGAAACAACCUCUCAAGAAGAAUGAAAAGCGAUUCCACCAUACACUUGUCCACCUCAUAGAGAAUAUA